AUGAUAGCUAGGCUCCAGUCCCACCAGCAAUUACCAGAGGGAUCACCGCCUCGGAAUCUCCGAUAUGAGGCUCCAUCUGCAACCCCGCGAGAGGCCACAAGCACUCAGCAAGCUGCUGACCCAGUCGCUGGAAGACCGCACCUAUUCUCCGCCCUUCUCCCCUGUCCCCUGUCUUCAUCUCCUUCUCUACUCUCCUACCCCAUGGUCGAAUGUCCCACUGAUAAUCUCAUCGCCACCUCCGAGAUAAAGCUUCGUCUGAAACCCUACAGGAGACCACAAGGGACGUGGACCCCCGGCUAA